AUGCGUAUCUAUGCCAUAUACGGACGCAACAAGUUGUUAUUCUACAUUCUGUUGGGUCUGGGAAUGGUGAACCCGAUCUCCAACUUGUACGUGUACUCCCUGAUUAGUCCAUCUGGUGAAACUAUUGGGGGCUGGAGCACAUGUCUUGCGUACAUUGUGAACUUCAAUUCUGUCACCAGCUGGAAUGUCGGGACAAGGGCGUCCACAGUCACUGUUGACUGCCUUGUGCUCAUCAUGACAUGGUUGAAGACAUACAGAACCAGGAAAGUGGCCAAAGAAGUCAAGACACCACUUACAACUGUCUUACUUACCGAUGGUACAACGUACUUCAGUGUCCUUCUCCUUAUCAACGUGGUCGCCAUGGCGUUUGAGGAACUCAUGUUUUACGAUUUUCUCUUCACUACGUGGGCCAACACCAUGACAGCCAUCCUGACAUGCCGCUUCAUGUUGGACAUGCGCGAAGCAGCCACACCUGCAGAUCCUACUGGUCUCUCGCAGCUGAACACUUUAGUAUUCGCUCGACCGGACUUGUCUGCGAUACCAGAGGUCGACGAGGCCUUUGGGACGGAUGCACCAGUUGACGUUGAGGCGCCAGUGGUUCGGGACAUGACAGCUGGCACCACCGAUGCGAUGGUUAUCGCCGAGGAACCUCGCUUUCGCUGA